AUGUUUGUGCCCUUGUCCAUUCGAAUCAUAGGACAUUAUUCUGAUCAAAGUGUCGUUGAUAACCUUGUUGCAAUGAUGAACAAAGUGAAAAGGUGGGUAGAUAGUGAAGAGAAUGUUCCAUAUACGGCCUAUUUUGACAAGGCUCGGAAGGGUCGAACUGGAGGAAAGAUGAUAAAUCCAAAUGAUCCCCAAGAGAACCCUGAUUUAGUUUCUGAUUACGAAGCUCCAGAUCAAGCUCCUCCACUUGGAGCCAAAGCUCAACCAGAGGAAGCAGCAGGGCAGGGUGCUGUUAGGCGAUCACAAGAGCGCAGAAGGAGCAGGGAAGAAGGUGACAUGAAACAGUAUGCUCAGUCUCCAGCACGAUAUGAAAAUAUGAACCGUAGAGCUAGCAAUGAGUUGGCGCCUCCACGUUAUGGGGGACGGGGACCAAGCUCUGGUGAAACCCAAAGACGACCGGCAAGAAACAGCGGUGGAUCUGAUAACAGUAUGGAGCGAUCCCCACUCCAUAACCAAGCCAGGAUUUCUGGGAGAAAUAGUGGAGCUCCAUCACCUUCCUGGGAAGGAAAAAAUUCAUAUGAUAGUAGUCAUGGAACUCCUGGAAGAUCCCGACUGAGACCAAAAGGCGAUGAAAGUCCUGAGAAAGGUGCUGCUGUUCCGAAAUUUGGUGAUUGGGAUGAGAACAACCCUUCAUCAGCCGAUGGUUAUACUCACAUUUUCAACAAAGUGAGGGAGGAAAAGCAAAUUGGUGAAGGGAAGGUACCCGGUAUGCCUACUGAGUCAUCUUAUGGUUAUGCUCGUAAGCAAACCCCAAGUGACAGUGCUAAGGGAAUAACUUCUCCGAAGUCGAAAUCACUCUUUAUCUAUUUGUGUGGCCUUUGUGAUGGUAAACAAAAUGUUGUAAUGGAAAUGUAG